AUGACCGGUAGCUCUUCCAGAUUCAUCAGAUGGGAUGCCCCGGUGAGUGGUUGCUGCCCCUGCUCUCGCAGCUUUGCUCUAAUCCGAUCUUACUGACGCCACUCCUUGUUUCCUGGGCAACGGCAGGGAGUGGACUCCAAGUCGACGGCGGAGGAGGAUGAUCUGAUCAAACAAGUGGAGGAACAGAUCAACGAAUCUCAACGCCGAGUGUUCGAGUGUCAUCGCCGAGCCUUUAGCGGUACGCACGUCAAGACACAAGGAGUAGUCAAAGGCACCAUCACUGUUCCUUCUCCAGAUGCUUCGGCGCCCCCUUCAGAGUACGCGCAAGGGUUCUUCUCCAAGAGCGGAACGUAUCAGGUGCACAUGCGUUACAGUACCGAGACGACGGACCUGAUCGACGAUAGGGUUCCACAGCCACGCGGAUUAGGCCUCAAAAUAUUCGGCGUGGAAGGUGGCAAGCUGGGGGAUGUGGAUGCAAAGACGCAAGAUUUCGAGUUCAACAGCGCUCCAGCCAUCGAGCUUGGCACUGCUCGAGUCUGCAGAGACAUUUUGGCUCUGAGACUUGAGCACGGACACGAUGCAGAGGAGCUGGAUGGGGAGUUGAAGAAGAGGGACGAUUACGAAGUACAGGAUUCUCGUAAUCAUAUUCCCAACAUCAAUUUGGUUUCUCAAGUUCAGUACAGCCAAUCGGCUUUUAGGCAUGGGGAGUAUGUCGCCAAACAUCGUCUGGUGCCAAGCUCUGCUGCUCAAGAAGCCGCUAAGAGGGAGGUGAAGCCGGAGCACAAGGGCAACACUAUUCUCAGGGACUGGUUGCAAGAGUACUACAAGUCCAACGAAGCGACGUACGAUUUCCAAGUUCAGCUGUUGGAGAAUAUUCAAGAGCAAGCUGUAGAGGACAAUAGGAACGCUUGGGACGAGGACAAGUACCCCUUCGUCACGGUUGCAAAGCUCAACAUUCCUCCUCAAGAAAGCUUUGCCAUUCAUCGCGUCCGCUUCCACGAGCAGGAAUUGAUCAUCAAUCCCUGGUACGGGUUGGAAGCUCACAAGCCUCUCGGAUCACUCAACAGACUGCGCAAGGGCGUCUACGCUGCUAGCAGGCGUCUUCGAGGAGGCCUCAACGGCAGUGAACCUAAACACGUAUCUGAUAUCAACCAGAUCCCCGACAACUGA